UAUUAUAGGAACUAGAGAUGUAAUAUACGUCUCCACACAAUAAACACGUUUCACCUUCACAGUAAAAAUAUCAGGUGCUGGAAAUGUCAAAAGAUCAAAUAACUCGGUAACCACUGACGUAACAUAUAUAUUCAAACUAUCCCAACUAUAUAGUUGGGAAGAAAAUAUUCCAGAAACAGUUACGAACGUUCUUCAACAUAAUUCUCUGAGAAUUUUUUGUGUACACUUUUCUUCUAUUAAUUAUCAAUGUCAUUGAAUGAUCAAAGGAGACUGAAUGCGACGUAUUGCAAUAUUAAAUAAGCGUUGUGCCGGAGUGGCACAAGGACAACGACAUGAAAUAUCCGAAGGUCACAGGAAAUGCUUAUUCACCAGAGGGGGAAAAUGUUUGCUUGCAGUUUGAACAAGAUGCACGCGAUGGAAGGUGCCGCUGGAAACGGGAAGAAGGUGGAUUCGGCCGAGAAGACGAGGGAGGACGACACAACGUCGAGGGCCUCGCCGAAAGUUCCCCAGAACCAGCAGAACGGAGCCGCACUUCCGGAGGAGACCGCCGCGGCUCCGGCGACGGUCGAGUGUCUUCGAUCCUCGUCGAUAAAGAAGGAACCUCAGUGCGACUCGGAACCGGAAGUGACCGCCAAGAGCCGCUCGUCCGCGGACACGGCACAACAGAAACCGGUGGCGUCGCGCUGCGCGAAAUCGGAAACGGAAGGUGGCGGCGGUGGCAGGAAACGGAAGUCCACGGAUGGACAGUUGUCGUCGAACGGCAAUUCCACGCCGAAGAAGUUCUGUCUCGAACAGAGGGAACAGUACAUCUCGUCUUUGGUCGGCUGCGAAAAAGUUACCACCGAUGAACUUGCCGCGAGGGCCGACCAACUGCGAGCGGAAGUGCAGGCCCUGGACGAAUUAGCGCGUGCCAAAGAAAUGGAAUGGAACGAGAUCCUGAGCAUGAGAAAGCUGAAGGAGGAAGCGUACCUGAGAAUCGAGAGAAGAAGGCAAGUGAUGGGAUUCAUGGAGGGCAACGGGCAAUUAGCGGACACUCUACCACCAGCGAGCUUAGCACUUGGCCCAGAAUGGGAAAGCAGCGGUAACACGACACCUCUGUCCAAAGAAAAAAUAAGUUUUGGGUCGAAAGACGAUUUACCCGAAGAUAGUUCGCAAGAUUCGCCAGCAUUUAAGAAAGAGAAGAACACGAAGCAAGCAUCGCAACGUCAGUCAACACCUCCCAAGCAAGGAGGUGAAAAUGGCCGGAAACAGGUGGAAGCGCUUAGCCCAGAAAACAGACAAAUUGGCGAAGGUCGUCAAGGUGCCAUCGUCGAUGUUAGAUCCAUCAUCGCUGAUUAUAGACUUAGGCAUCCUGAAGCGGUACCACGCAGGGGUAGGAGAAUGAGAAAUUCUGUGAACGUUGGCCUCGGAGCUGGUGGAGCUAUGGUAGAAACUGGGCACAGCGUUGACUCAAGGCCAUCUAGCACGGACUCUUGUAAAAGUAACUCGAACACGGUCGAUCCUAACAAUUCCGUAAGCUUCAAGGACGUGCUUGUGCAGUUCGCCAAAUUUAGCCAGCAACAAGGUGAGCCUGUAAAAACUCCUCAAAAUUAUCCGGAUGUGACGCUUCAUCCCGUUGCGCCGUCACCGGCACCUCAAAAUACUCUACCUCAACAGAGUGGUUCGUUGCUUCAUGGAAUUCUCACGAAAUCACAAUCUCCAAGACCCACUACUUUUUCACCUACUUUAGCUAGAUUACUCACCGCACCUGAAAGAGAAAGGAAUGCACCAACAGCCGCGACCAUGCCACAACAAAGUGCGGCAACCCAGCACCUUUUGCAGACAUAUCAAGGCUCUAAUCCGGUUUCCAUUAGUGACCUCCUAUCUUCUUCCAAGGAGGAUGUUGAAGAAGAAUCAGCAGUGAUCGAAGAUCGAGAAACUCGCAUUUCAUCAGGUGGUAGAGACGCCAGAGAGGAUAGGGAUAGUCCACCACGAUGUCAAGGUUGUCACGAACGUGUAGCGCAGUUUGUGUGUGCAGGUUGUGGUCAUCAGUGGUAUUGCAGCCGUGAAUGCCAAGUUGCCGCUUGGGACGAGCACUCGGAAGUAUGUUCCGGCUAAAGAACCAGAACGUAUUAAGCUAAACCUCGUACUCCUGGUGUAUUAGGUUAAAUACCUAUUCAACUAAGAAUGAAUCUAGUCAAAAAAAAAAGAAUGGCCAAGAAUAUAAUGCGUAUUGAGUACGAUAAGAAUGAGAGGAGAAACAUUAAGAGAGAAGUGUAUAUUUUUAAGGACCUCUACAAAUAUGUUUGAUCUGUAAAGAAUAAGUUUUAUUUGGUAAAAGAAGAAGCGUCAAGUUUCAUAGCGCUUUUUCAUAAGAACGAGUAUUUACGAGAUGAAUGACAACAUGAGACUUCAGACACUUCGAUGAGAAAAAUAUUAGAAUUCAAAUUCGAGACGAUCGUUGCUUUAACUGUAAUAUCAUCGCGUUGCUUUUAUUCGUUACGAGACAAACGAUCGAGAGUCCUCAUGAGACAGAUAGAGAGUAUUAACCCUGCUGAAAUUACGCAUUUAACGUGUAUCUUCCAAAGGACAAACUGUUCGACAAAUUCCUACUGUAAUAGGAAUUAAUGUUGGGUAUAAACAUUCGUAACAACUUCGUGUAUCAGAUACCUUUUUUUAGAUUUUAAAUAAUGCAUGUCGUACAAUGUACGCUAGUCGAGAAUUCCCAACUUUUUCCAAACAGAAAUAAAAAAUGGAACAAACCAGAAAUAUCUGGUACGUGCGCUUAUAACGAAGAACGAAGCACAAAACUGUAUCUCUCGUGAUGCUGUAAAUAAUUUUAUACAUGCUAGCAGGGUUCUUCAGCGUCAGAUUUUUAAAAAGUUGGUUAACCGUGUGCCAUGCAUAAAAUUUACUUCAUGGUCAGCUUUGUAUGUUAAACAAAUCUAAGUUGUAUAUUAUUUGAGUGUUUUUAUAAUCCUAUCAUUUUCGUAUCGUUCUAUUUUUCUUUCUUCUUUUUUUUAUAAUUGAAGUCGAUUCGUUAUGAUAAAACGAAAUCGCAAUUGAUGACCAGAAUGCGAGAUACACACGGAUAUUCAGCCUUCAUCAAUGUUUUCUGCCAUUCUGUUCAUUUUACGGAAGCACGUAAAUUACAUUACUGAAUACCAUAUUUUAUACCACAUUUGUUACCAACGUAUAAAUUUAGAUUUAAUGAAACGUUAGUCUUAGUAUAGAUUUAAGGUACUUCUUUUCUUCUUCGUUCGCAAGUUGUUCGUUGGUAACGUAUUCGACACGUUCUAGGUUCAAUUCUUCUUAUUUUUCGUUUCUUUUAAAUUUAGCAUGUUACCUAAACGACAAUUGUCCCAGACAUAAUCUGUAGUCCAAAGUUCCUACAGGUACACGCAACAUUAUAUAUAUUUUUCCCAAUUAUGAAGCAAACCAAAAUAAAGUUUUUAAUCGUA